AUGACGCUCCGCGGAAACCACCUGCGCAUUAGCGGCGUUCGCGGAAGCGUUAACCGCACCCACUAUUGCAGCGUCAGCGGCAUAGGCAUCCUGCGCAGCAGCGGCAGCAUCGGCGGCAGCGGCAGUGGCGGCAGCAGCGGCAGCAGCGGCAGCGGCGUCAAGCAACUCGCGCUAGCUUCUCCUCUCUUUGGUUGCACGAAUGUCCCACCCACGAGACCCAGCAACAGCAGCGACUUUUAUCGCUCACCGCAACGAGCGGAACGCGGCGGCGGCGGCGGCAGCGGUGGUUUGCUGUGGCCGUUCGCGCCGCACGGACCGUCGUCGUUCGAGGCGCCUCGGCACAGACCCCCCGAAAUAGUCACACUGGCCACCAGGCAACAGGCGAUAAUCACGCUGGCGAGCCGCCACCAGACUUUCUCCUCAUUCGACGAUUUGAUUCACUCCUCGGAUCUUGUCCUCGUCGACUUCUACGCCACGUGGUGCGGGCCGUGCAAGCACAUGGCGGGCGUGCUGCAGAGCCUCUCGCACCGACUGCUCGCAUCCGUCAAGAUCGUGAAGAUAGACACGGAGAAGUACCCGGCGCUCGCAUCGCAGUACGGCAUCACGGCGCUGCCCACCAUCGUGCUCUUCAGACACGGAAGCCCCGUGGACCGCAUCGAGGGCAUUCUUCCCCCUGAAGAGCUCAUUCUGCGGCUCAGCUCUCUGCUCGCCCCCUCCCACACACACUAG